GGGACUGCACGUGGGUCAGUUCACAGCGCCACGAAGACUCAGUUACCACAGCCUGCUCCACCGGGGCUCCUGGGACACUGGUGGAGGCCUUCCAGGAGCUGGGAAUCCAGAUGGACGGUUUAAAGAGGGCUUUUUUGGCAAGCAGGGAGCACAAGUGGCACUGGCAGAGGCACUCUUGUGACCUCCAGUCCAAGCUGAUGCCCCAAGAAGCUGGUUUCCCACAGAGCUGUGCUCCAGAAGCCUCAACAGGGACCCCAUGGUGACACCCUGGGCAAGACCCCUGCGUCACUCAGUUGCGCCAACACACGCCCUCCAAACACACAGCUCUUGCUUAGGCAUGGGAAAAGAGGUCCCUCCUGCACUGUUGCCAGGAAUUUAGGACACAAGGGGAAUGUUUCUCAUCCCCUCUCCGGUGAAGAGGGAUCAGGCAAGGCUGGACUCUGGAACCGAGCUAACAGCUUUCAUCCACGGGGAAUGCUUGCUCUGGGACAGGAGGCUGUGAGGACAUUGCAAAACCCAUGACAUAGGAAGGCCAAUGAUGGAGCAGAUCCUAACUUUCUUCCCCCUGGCCUUGAGCCUGCUGGCAGCCUGCACGUGUGCCCCCCCUGGAAAGGCAGAGCUGGACUCUAUAGACCUGGGAAACUUCAACUUGAGCGAGGAGACAGACUGGGUGAACGUCGACAUCAACAAUUAUGUGGACGGAUACGACUAUGAGGAUCCGGAGACCAAGAUUGAAGUUGGCACGGUGGCACCGCCUUCCACUUUCCCCCCUGCCAAUCAGCACACACCAUUGCUGACAACCCCGCCCCCUGAUGCAGAACAGGAAGUAACUUCCCGCCCACAGCCCACAAGCCCCCCAGUGACAUCCCGACUGGACUUUGACAGGCCAGGUCUCUUUGGACCCCAGACUGGGCGGGGCAUGCCCACCUGCCUGCUCUGUGUGUGCCUGAGCACCUCGGUGUACUGUGACGAUAGCGACAUUGAGCACGUGCCCCCGUUGCCAAAAGAAACGACCUACUUCUAUGCCCGCUUCAACAGAAUCCAGACCAUCAGGGCCACCGACUUCCUCAAUCUGAAAAAGCUGAAACGCAUCGACCUGACUGGGAACCAGGUUUCAGAGAUGGACGAGGACUCCUUGCGGCUGCUUCCCGCCCUGCAGGAGCUCCUGGUGCCUGAUAACAAACUGUGGAGGCUCCCUGAGCUCCCCGGCACCUUGCGCUACCUCGAUGCCAGGAACAACCAGCUGAUGACCGUAGGGAUCCGGCAGGAAGCCUUCAAGGAUCUGACCCACCUGGAGUUCCUGUACCUGUCCCACAAUCGGCUUGACUUCAUCCCUCUGCCUCUGCCCGACAGCCUGCGGGUGCUGCAUCUUCAGGGCAACCGCAUUCAGACUCUGCACGAGGAAACCUUCUGCCGCAGCCAUGACGCCAGCUACAUCCGCAAGGCCCUGGAGGACGUUCGUCUCGAUGGGAACCCCGUCAACCUGAGCCACUUCCCCGGCGCCUACUACUGCCUGCCGCGCCUGCCCACGGGGAGGGUGCAGUAAGGGGCGUGAGUGGUUCCAGUCUGGGGAGGGGUGGGGUCUGAGCUCUUGCGGACCCCUGCUACAAAGCUCUGGAGCUGCAUGGAGCGAUUCCCUCCCCUGUCCUCCAAGAAGCAAAUGGAAAAAAAUUCAGCCAGGCCUCCCACAGUGAGACAAUACCGGAGACAUAUAUAGUCCGGAACCCUACAUUCAGAGGUUCGGAGUGUCUUUUAUCCUAGACUAUAAUGAAUGUUUUCGUUGCUUUAAUUGCUAGGUAGAUUUUAUUGCACAGUUCUUCUUGUUGCGUCAAACGGCUUCACAAAAUAGCUGUCUGCACUAAAAUUAGCGCGUUUACAAAAACACUGACUGCUGCUCUAGAGCUGGAGAAUGCUUUGGAUUAAGCUCCAAUAUCACAGGAAAAUCACAUACAUGUAUACUAUAUUUUGUUUGCAGUGUGCAGUACUUGGAAGUGUUGUGUAUAAAACACAGUUGCCUUCAUUCUGAUAUACUGUAUCCAUGCUUGCAUAUCUUGCCCAGCAGUGUUGGGUUGUAACCUUUUUUUCUCAGUUUUUAGCGGAGACCAGCUAAAUUAAACUUAAUUACCUUUUGAAGCUUU